AUGGGGAGUGUGCGAAGCCACCGUUACAGCAUCGUCUCCUCUGAGGAAGAUGGCAUGAAGUUGGCCACUAUUGCCGUACCAAAUGGCUAUGGAAACGGAAAUGUCAAAAAGGUGCCCUCAGCGCACCACCAACAGAGCCGCUUUGUCAGGAAGGAUGGCCACUGCAAUGUGCAGUUUAUCAAUAUGAGUGAGAAAGGCCAGCGGUACCUGGCAGAUAUCUUCACUACCUGCGUGGACGUCCGCUGGCGCUGGAUGGUGCUCAUAUUCUGCCUUUCUUUCCUGCUGUCGUGGUUGUUCUUUGGCUUUAUCUUCUGGUUAGUGGCCCUCUGUUACGGGGAUUUAAACAAUUCGACUCAGAUGUGUGUUUCCAAUGUGGACAGCUUUACCGCUGCCUUCUUGUUCUCAGUGGAGACCCAAACCACCAUUGGCUAUGGAUAUCGCUAUGUGACGGAGGAGUGCCCCAUUGCGGUCUUUAUGGUCGUCUUCCAAAGCAUUGUGGGAUGCAUCAUCGACGCUUUCAUCAUCGGUGCUGUCAUGGCCAAGAUGGCCAAACCCAAAAAGAGGAAUGAAACCCUGGUGUUCAGCCAUUAUGCUACAGUGGCCAUGAGGGAUGGUAAACCUUGCUUGAUGUGGCGCGUGGCAAACCUUAGGAAGAGCCACUUGGUGGAGGCGCAUGUCAGGGCCCAGCUGCUCAAGUCCCGCACCACCGCAGAGGGAGAGUUCAUCCCUCUGGAUCAGGUAGACAUUGACAUCGGUUUCGAUAGUGGCAUUGAUAGAAUUUUCCUGGUAUCUCCAAUCACCAUUGUUCAUGAGAUUGAUGAGGACAGCCCAUUCUAUGAUAUGAGCAAACAGGAGUUGGAGACGUCAGAGUUUGAGAUUGUGGUGAUUCUGGAGGGCAUGGUUGAGGCUACAGCCAUGACCACUCAGUGUCGGAGCUCUUACUUGGCCAGCGAGAUCCUCUGGGGCUAUCGCUUUGAGCCAGUGCUCUUCGAAGAAAAGAACUACUACAAAGUGGACUACUCUCGAUUUGAAAACACGUAUGAGGUGCCCAGCACACCCCACUGUAGUGCAAGAGAACUAGCCGAGAGGAAAUCCAGCGCCUCCAACUCGACGAGGAACUCCUUUUGCUACGAGAACGAGGUGGCUCUCGAAAAAGUUGAGAUGGAGGAGGAGUUCGAGGAGGAGGAUGAAAUCAGGGAGAUAAAGGCUGUUGAGGUAUUUGCACUUGAGGACACAAAUACAGAUGUGGUGUCAGACUCUGAGUGCAAUCUGGACUCUUUGCCCUUAGAAUCAAGGCCUUUGACAGCAGAAUCUGAAAUAUGACUGCAGGGAUAAAGAACGGUUAAAAACUACCACAUGGUAUUUUAAAACUUUUACAUUUUACCCUGUUGGCUGUUGUUUGUUAUGCAUGACGGUUUGUUAAAAAAUAAUUGGGUAAAAAAGUUCUCUAUGCAAAAGCUCACGGACGCAACACCAUGGGAAUCCAGAUAUGGUAUAUUGUUUAUGAUUAAACUGGUGAUAAAUGACCUGCUUGGAUGGAUCUAAAGGGAUGAAAUGGGUUAGAUGCCUUCAGUGACACACUGUGCAGUGUGCCCUUCUUAAAGAGGUUUAGUAAAAUAGCCAGUUACUCACAAUUACCACAAUUUAAUGGAAAAUACAGUUCAUAAUUCUAAAGGGCAUAUUUGUCCUGGGUAUAAUAGAUAUUAUUAGUAGCCUAAAUGUCACACAAGGUUGUGACUUCAUAAACAAAAAUAUAGAUCAAAAUUAACAUUUGAACCUGAAACGUUGACACUUGAAUGACAACCUUCCUCCAUAUUUGAUUUUGUCAUUUCACUUAAAUAAUCUUGUUUCAAUGGCUACUACAAAUAUGUUGACCCAUUAAACCACCUGCACAAAGGCUGCUGUUUGUUAAUGAGCUGGUCUCUUAGCAAAGUAUAAUAACAGUUCUCUUCCAUGUGGUCUUGCAUGGCGUUACUCUCAUUGCGUGACGCAGGAAAGAGAUGUGAAAAACAAAUAGCUCACACAUGGCAAGUCUCCAAAGUUCAUUAAUUUAUUUCACCUAAGGAGCCCUGUAUUGUGCAAGCUAUUUAUUCGUUUUUCAUUGUGUCCUCACCCUCAACUCAUCACCUACCCUGUUAAAUGUCAAUGUGCAAGUACACUCUUAUUUGCAGGAAAGAGCACACUCUUCUCCUCAGCCCAUCACAUUGUCUAAGUAUAGCAUCUCUUGCAACGUGUGCCUUAACAAAAGUCUCAGUCCUGGUGGAGGCACACACUGCAAUAGAUGUCACAGGAAGAAUAGGCAUUAAGAAGAGAUUCACUGUGAAAUGUAAUGCCACUCCUUAAGGUCUUUGCAGGACUUCAUGUUCUUAUGUGCAAUACAGGUCGUGGAAGCUCAAUCGUGAGCUGAGGUUAUGAAUGUUGAUGAUAAGUGCUGCUAAGUUACACAUUGUAUGUUUAGAUGGAAAUCUAGGAGCCAAAAUGUAUUAUUUGUAAUUUAAAGUAUCGGUUUUGAAGAUUGCAGAUGCAGCCUCUAAUGUUAUUGCUAGAUGUAGACGAGCAUGAUUCUGUCAGUGGGUUUUCCAAAGCUUAAGUGCAUUUUAUUCCUGACCAGAGAAUUCCCCCAACUUCAGCAGAAAUUGUUUUAAUACCCGAAGCCAAAUGUGUUCAUACAUAUAUGAGACAACAACCGUAAAAAAAUCUGUUAGUGGAUGCUGACCUAAAAACUGUAGCUUUUGCUCAUCUAACAGUGGUUGGUCGUUGAAACAUUGCAUUAAUUGAGAUGAUGCUGACAUAGUCUGCUUUAUUUAAAAUCAAUGUGUUUGGUGUGGAAGUGGUCCAGAAUUUGGACACAUAGUAGUUUCCCCUCACACCUAACCACCGCAGGUCUUGUGAAGUUAUUUGUCUGAAUGGACCUUUGCUGAUAAAUGGUACAGUCAAAAAGAAUGCAGCACACUUGACUUCCGUCUUACAGGAGAUUGAGCUACAAUGCUUGAACUCUUAUUGUGACACAUUCAUGCUUGGAUUACAUUUCCACCUCUAAGUUAAGGAAAUCAAUCAAUUAAAAAUGUUGAUCUGAUCUCACAUUGACACCUCUCCUGUCUUAGGUCUUUAUUUUUCUACCAAGGUCCUACUACCUUCCUGCACAAACCAGAGACUGUACAGGCUUUUUUUUAAUCUUUUGUAAAUAAACACUGUAUAAUUAUAUUGCAG